AUGAUCACGGCUUAUACAUGGAUGUGCUCUUUCGCCUUAGGUGAUCAUACAGACACCAAGGAAGGCGAAUUCGAUCCUAUGGAAAGCCCGCCGCCUUGGGCUAUGUGGCUUCGAGUUCCUACUCUGCGUGUAAUAGCUGAUGCGUUCGCUACCUACUCCAACUGGAAUGCUCCUCGCCAAAGCCGAGCCAUCUGGCUCAAUUCCACGUUAGGAGCCAAGACGCAGCGACAAGCAAUCAGAGUCGAUGUGUACGAACCAUUUCACCGAGACCCUUGCACAGACAGGCGUCCGGCCAUUAUCAAUUUCCAUGGCGGUGGAGUGACCGUGGGAAGGGGAACAGACGAUGCCACCUGGGCGAGCCAUCUCGUGACCAACUUGGGUGCUACUGUCUUCUCCGUGAACUAUCGUCUUGCGCCGGAGUAUUCCUUUCCGACACAUGUUGAGGACUGUGUCGAUGCCAUUGCCCAGAUCUACGAGCAAGCCGAUGUGCUUGGUAUCGAUCCAAAUCACCUGGUCAUCAGCGGAUUUUCCGCGGGUGGCGGUCUGGGUCUGGCUGCUUGGGUCCUCCUCAACAACGCUGAAGAAUGGGGCUACAAGAUACCGCUCCCUAUCCCCAAAAUUGCUGGUCUUGCUCUAUUCUAUCCUUCGCUGGAUCAGACUGUGUCCAAGACCCGGAAACGCGAAGGGCUCCCAAGACAGGAUUUACUGUUGCCCAAAGGUUUAACUGACAUCUUUGACGCUGCCUAUCUGAAGCCAGUACCAAUUUCUGAACGAGGUGACAUCCGGUUAUCACCUUCGCUUAUGCCUGACGACUUGGUAGAACGACUGCCUCCAGUCUAUCUCUGCCUCUGUGAGCACGAUAUGCUUACCGCAGAGGGGAUCGCAUUUUCUAAACGUCUUGAGGAUCAUUCGAUUGAGGUUUACGUACGGGUCAUUCCUGAUGCACGGCAUGGGUGGGAUAAAGCACCAACCCCGGCAGACACAGUUGCGCAGGCAUAUAACGAGGUUUCAGAGCUUAUAAGAAAGUGGCUAGAAUAA